GUCGGAUAGUCGAUGUAAAUCCCAUAACCUUACAUUGGCAUCACCUUAGUAUAUAUACAUGAACUGGUUAGAGCGCUGCACCGGAAUCGCAGGGUCGCUGGUUCUAUUCCUGCCAGAGGGGCUGUAGUUGUAUUUUUGACUGCUCCUGGUUAAGUGUAAUAAAUGUUAUUAAUUUGUGUCCUGGAUCCACUUUUACCAUGGCCUCUGGCGCGGAUGAAUGGGCAACUAUAUCCUAUGACGUCGAAUAAAUCAUUUACAAAUCACUACAAUUACAAAUAUUUAAUUUACUAUUUCUGUGUACAGGACAAGGUGGCAAAUGUUUGGUGUUCUCUCUCUAUCUUAAUAAAAUUUAAGGAUAUAUUUUCUACAACUACUUUGGUAAAAAUUUGGUAUGUGCUCACAGUAUAUAAUUAUUUUGGUCAUGUAUUUGAAGUAGAUUCAUAAAAAUACUUUCACGUAAAAAAUACAAUAUAUUUUUAUAACUUUUUCUGUAGUGGUUGUUCAACAGUGGCUUUCGUUUUACCAUCCAAUCUCAUGUUAGCCUUGCGUCCAUCACCAAAGUCAUUCUUACUUGCUCUCGUGAGUAUAUUACUACAUUAUAUAUAUCCAACUUCAUAAAUUACGUACUAGGGAGAGCCUGGGCUGGGUAGGUUGAGUACAUGAUUUCCUGUAUGGAUUUAUUAUACUACAAGCAUAUACACGUGUGAUGGUAUUUAGCUUUUUUUUCCAAAAGCAAAAGUUCAUCUGAAGGGCUCUGAAGCUUGUGGGGUAGUGUAACUAGAAGUAUUUACAAAAAACGUAGAUUACAAGUUAUGACUGAGGGGGGACUCAGACUCAGGGUGGCUGAGGGCCCCCUUCCCAGGCUUGUUAAAAAUUUCACGUCGAUUUGGGAAGCUGACCUCCCAAUAUUUUUGCAGAUUGCAUAAUCAUAACCUGAAAAGUUCUUAGCAACUGUAACCAAAAUAUGGAACUUUCCAUGUUUAUCGUAUUGCACCCUCCGCGUCUUCCCACUCCUUCUCCUUUGAGAGCCCCCUUGUUGUCGUUUCAGUUCUACACCAUUGGGCAUAUCUCAUGGUAGUUUGGUAUGAUUGAAAAUUUGGAAUUUAUUAACGAACGCUAAUAUCCAUACAGUGCAACAUCGCAUUUAGCUAAUGUUCGAAUUUUUCGAAAAUCGUCAUGCUUUAAAUUUUCCGAAGAUUGUUUUUAGGGAAACUGGUUAAAAAGAUUUUUUUAUGUUUUCUCAAUCACUUUCAUUUAUAUAGGUGAAUUCAUCUCUGGCGUUCUUUCUCUUUUCCUAUCAUGUUCAUGAAAAGUCUAUCCUCCUUGUUACCUUGUAAGUUUUCCAAACUUUGAUCUCAGUCAACAUGCUAGUGAUAAACUGUACAGUGCAUUCAGUUCGUAGAAUUUAUUUACUGUAUAUAUAUAUAUAAUUGUAUAUGAAAGAUAUAUAUCUAGUAUAUUCUGUGCAUUUUACAUUAAAUUUGUUUCAUAUUUAGGCCUGCUAGCUUGCUAUUGCCAUUGCAACCCCUGGAAACGAUAUGGUUCUUAUUUAUAACGUUGUUCAGGUAAGACCAGUUUACAUUGCGAAGUAAACAGGCCUGUAGGUCUCGUUUUGAAGAAAGUGUUUGGGGGAAGAAAAUGACUUUAAAGAGAUAUAGGAAGAAAGUUCAAAAGCUGCAGAGUCUUGUGUGCUCAUUUAAUUGUUUUCUUUUUAUCCCCCCUCCUUUUAUUGCUUUCAACUGGGGACGAAAUCUGGCUUGGGCACCUGGGAACGGGUAUGCUCUGGGUACGAGAUUGGUGGGGAAGUACGUAAUAGGUGCCCAGUAUACUGAUUCUAAUAUUUUAGGUGUUACUAGGUGUACUAAAUGUUCUAUUUGUUCUAUAGCAUGAUACCCUUACUGGAAAAAGACGGACUGCUCUUAGCCUACAUUCCAUGUAUGCUCCUAUUUUUGCUUCUCGCUUUCUCAUUCCAUCUGGAUCUUAAACGUACACCAACAACUAUAAAAUUCUUGGUAUGUGUAAAUCUAAUCGUCGUCGAUUUCGGAAGAGUAAUGAGGAGUCGCCUAAUAUCAUUCAUUGAACUAAUUCAUUAUUCUUUCGUUUAUUUAGUUUUUCUCGUCCAUUGCGUGUUGUAUUCUGCUACAUGUCGUCAGUCAUCUGAUUGUACCUCCGAGAAAGUAUCCAGACAUUUUCCCUCUAUUAAUCUCGAUGUAUUCGUGUGGACAUUUCUUGCUGUUUUUCAUUUACUCCAAUUUUCGACAGUAUAAGGAGUACUGCGCUGUUGCUGAUAAAAUAAAAAAGAAAUCGUAGAAUCUGAGAAACGAAAGGCUGCUUUCCAGCUAAGCGUUUUUCAUACGGGAAAGUUGAAAUUAUUAUUAUGAACAAUAUUUUAACACGGUACAAUUUCACCUAAUGAGAAAUAAUUAUGUACACAAUAUAAAAAAAAGCUAGAUGACUUUCCAACCGGCCGUGCUUACUCAAGUAGAAUAAUUAUAAGUAAUAGCAUAGAAAGAGGCGAAUUAGCUAUUAAAACGUCCCGCCCGAUGAGGGUCGUUUAGUAAAAUUCCUUUGGGCGCCGCUCGAUGAGGGUCAUUUAGUAAAAUUCCCGAGGGCCGAAGGCCCGAGGGAAUUUUACUAAAUGACCCGAAUCGAGCGGCGCUCAAGGGAAUUUUACUAAACGACCCUCAUCGGGCGGGACGUUUUCAAUAGCUAAUUCGCCUCUUUCUAUGCUAUUACCUUGUAAUAUCAUGAUUGCGGGUAUUCCCGUUGCUCUCGCAGGGCCAUUAAAAACAAAUUAACAAUAAAUAAUGGUAUAAAUUAAAUGGUAUAAUUGUUUUCCAUGUCUUUGUUUAGUUUUGGCGAUUUCAGAUAUAUUCAUUUUUUCUAAUCGUACCCGCUUUGACGUCGUUUCGGGUAGGAUUACAACUAAUUCUACCUGACAUGACGUAAAAGCGGGUAGGAUUAGAAAAAAUGAAUAUAAUGAGGUGUAUUAGUUAUUAAUUGCCCUGCGAGAACAAAGGGAAUACCCGCAAUCAUGAUAUUAUCACACUUAUCUCGCCUAAGCGAGAUGAAAAAUUCCCCUAUAAACACUUCAUCCCGGCUAGGCGGGAUAAACUUUUCCAUUGAGCAUGCGUAAAUGCCUUUUCUGCAAGAAAUAUGACGUCAAGCACUUAAAUGGCUUCAUCCCGGCAAUAUAAUUAAUCUAUCAGCCGAUCGUGUAAUAGACCUUUCCAAGGUUAACGACGCCAUAAUGAAACACAAUAGUGCAAGGGGUACAAACACAAUGGAAUUCCCUAUAGGUAAAUUUGCAGGGGGUGCAAACACAAUGGUGAAAACAAUGGAUUCAAGAUGGCGUCGUUAACCUUGGAAAGGUCUAUUCUCAUGCAUGUGUGAUUUUUGUAAGCGCUCUGUUUUGUUAUAUUUGUAAAUUUUAUACAGGACAAAUACCCAUUAUAUACUGAACAAAUACACAUUGAAUGGUACAGAAAACUACUGUAAUUGUUGUUCUUUUAUUUAUUUAGCUAUUUCAUAAGUAGCAUCUAAAAAGAUUUCAACUUUCUUUGCGUAUACGCACGUACGUACAAAACACGCUUAACUGGAAAAACGUCUUAGAAUACAAAACGAUACAACAUGUCUACUAAUUUUAAACAUAUUAAAUUUAUUAAACGAU